CUACGAGUAAUUACAUAAGGUACCUAAUGAAUGAAAUACGUGUAACUACCUAGGUACUAGGUAUGUGCAUAUGUAGGUAGGCCAGGCUCCCAGAGUCCAUCAUAGCCACACAAUCAACCAACGUCGUCGUAACUGUCGGGCCUCGAGAUCACUCCCUGAGAUCAAUCCUCCUCGCCAUGUCUCAAUCCCUCCGCCCUUACCUCCAGUGCGUGAGGAGCUCCGUCACAGCUGCCCUCUGUCUUUCCAACUUCGCCUCCCAAACAUCAGAGCGACACAAUGUCCCCGAGAUUGAGGCCCAGACAUCGCCCGAGGUCCUGCUAACGCCAUUGGUCAUUGCGCGCAACGAGAACGAGAAGGUCCUCAUAGAGCCAAGCGUCAACAGUGUCCGCAUCAGCAUCAAGAUUAAACAAGCCGACGAGAUCGAGUCCAUCCUAGUCCACAAAUUCACCCGAUUCUUGACCCAAAGAGCAGAGGCCUUCUUCAUCCUAAGGAGAAAACCUAUCAAGGGCUAUGACAUCUCCUUCUUGAUAACGAACUUCCACACCGAAGAAAUGCUGAAACACAAACUGGUCGAUUUUAUCAUUCAGUUCAUGGAGGAGGUCGACAAAGAAAUCUCUGAGAUGAAAUUAUUUUUGAACGCGAGAGCACGUUUUGUAGCCGAAUCAUUUUUAACACCUGUGAGUUUCACAGCCUGCCUGUCAGACUAUUAUACUAAACUAUUUCAUAGUUUGAUUAAGGGGAGAUGUGUGAGUCUUACCGAGGACUAUUACAAUGCAUGGUGUGAUGGCGUCAGGAAAGCGGCAUGCAAAAUCAGAGGGUUGCGGUGAUAAUAACCCAUCAACUAUCAAUACAUUUAUCUUGAAAGCGCCGUUGUUAUAAUGGUCGACGCAAUGCUAUAUACUGCUUUCAUUCAAGAACUCAUGCGUCACCAACCUCAUCAGAACCGAUUUCUCUAUUACCCUACAAACUAGUCACAUUGUACUGUGAUAUCGUCUACUAAGCCAUCCUAAAUGCCUUGCAGCCAUUAUG